UGUUGCAGCUCGACAGUGAUGACCUCCUGGAUAAUCCCGGGGAGGCCCAAAGUGCCUUCUAUGAAGGUCCUGGGCUCCAUGUGCAAGAAGCUUCUGGCAACCACCUAAACCCGGAGCCGAGCCAGCCCGCCCCCAGCGUGGACCUAGACUUCCUAGAAGAUGACAUCCUGGGCUCGCCUGCGGCAGGAGGUGGUGGCGGGGGCGGCGGAGGCGCCGACCAGCCCUGCGACAUCCUCCAGCAGAGUCUCCAAGAGGCCAACAUCACUGAGCAGACGCUGGAGGCCGAGGCUGAGCUGGACCUAGGCCCCUUCCAGCUGCCCACUCUACAGCCUGCAGAUGGCGGGGCAGGCCCGGCGGGCGCUGGAGGGGCGGCCGCUGUGGCUGCGGGGCCGCAGGCCCUCUUCCCAGGCAGCACUGACUUGCUGGGGCUACAGGCACCCCCAGCUGUGCUGACCCACCAGGCCCUGGUACCACCCCAGGAUGUGGUCAACAAGGCCCUGAGUGUCCAGCCCUUCUUGCAGCCCGUGGGCCUGGGCAACGUGACCCUGCAGCCCAUCCCAGGCCUCCAGGGCCUGCCCAACGGCAGCCCUGGGGGUGCCACGGCGGCCACCCUUGGCCUCGCGCCCAUUCAAGUGGUGGGCCAGCCCGUCAUGGCACUCAACCCGCCCACCUCCCAGCUCCUGGCCAAGCAGGUGCCUGUCAGCGGCUACCGCUGGCGGUGGCCCCAGGCCUCGGCACGUCACCGUUGGUCCCUGCGCCUAAUGUGAUCCUGCAUCGCACACCCACGCCCAUCCAGCCCAAGCCUGCUGGCGUGCUGCCCCCCAAGCUCUACCAGCUGACGCCCAAACCGUUCGCCCCUGCGAGCGCCACGCUCACCAUCCAGGGCGAGGCCGGGGGACUCCCACAGCAGCCCAAGGCCCCCCAGAACCUGACUUUCAUGGCCGCGGGCAAGGCAGGGCAGAAUGUGGUCCUGUCCGGCUUCCCGGCGCCCGCCUUGCAGGCCAACGUCUUCAAGCAGCCGCCUGCCACCACCCCCGGGGCGGCCCCGCCCCCGCCCCCGGGGGCCCUGAGCAAGCCCAUGAGUGUCCACCUCUUGAAUCAAGGCAGCAGCAUCGUCAUCCCCGCCCAGCACAUGUUGCCCGGCCAGAACCAGUUCCUGCUGCCCAGCGCGCCCGCGGUCCAGCUUCCCCAGCCGAUCUCUGCCCUGCCGGCCAAUGUAGGUGGCCAGAUCCUGGCAGCUGCGGCUCCCCACGCCGGUGGACAGCUCAUCGCAAACCCCAUCCUCACCAACCAGAACCUGGCGGGCCCACUGAGCCUGGGCCCCGUGCUGGCCCCCCACUCCGGGGCCCACAGCGCCGCUCACAUCCUCUCAGCGGCCCCCAUCCAGGUGGGCCAGCCGGCCCUCUUCCAGAUGCCAGUGUCGCUGGCCGCAGGCAGCCUGCCCCUGGGCCUGCAGCAGCCACAGGCACAGCAGCCCCCUCAGGCCCCCACCCCCCAGGCCGCAGCCCCGCCGCAGGCCACCACUCCCCAGCCCAGCCCAGGCCUGGCAUCCAGCCCGGAGAAGAUCGUCCUGGGGCAGCCGCCCGCUGCCGCCACCACGGCCAUCCUCACUCAGGACUCCCUGCAGAUGUUCCUGCCCCAGGAGAGGAGCCAGCAGCCCCUCUCCGCAGAGGGUCCCCACCUCUCCGUGCCCGCCUCCGUCAUAGUCAGCGCCCCGCCUCCCGCCCAAGACCCAGCCCCGGCCACCCCCGUCGCCAAAGGAGCUGGCCUCGGCCCUCAGGCCCCCGGCAGCCAGGCUUCGCCGGCUCCGGCCCCCCAGGUAGACGAAACCCCAGCA